CUGCCGAGGCCCCCGGCCGCGGGGAGGGGGCGGAGGCCCGUGGCGUCCUUAAAGCGGAUGCCCGGGAAGCCCUCCCGCGCCCCUCCGCAGUGGCAGGGCCCCGCGGUUCCGGGCCACCUCGAACUUCUUUCCAGAAACUGCCCAGCCCCGCCCAACCCCUAACCUCGCGACGCUAGGGCCCAAAGGAGUCGAGUCUACGCGGCCUGGCCUGGCGUCGGGCAGCCCUCCCACGGGUGAGGGCGCGGGGCGGGCGCACGGGACCCCGCCCUCGGCUGCCCGGCCUCGCGCUCGAGGCGCGGCGUCGGAGCGGCAUUAGGACCCAGACGCGGUCGGGGGUGUGUCGCCGGCUCCCGCCCGCAACGCUGGGCUCCGGGGUCUCGAAGCUCCAGAGCCGGGACGCGUGUGCCUGCGUGCGGCCGUCCGAGAGCGCCAGGCGGCCCAGGCCAUGGCCGCGGCCGCCCGGCGCGUCUUCCAUCUGCAGCCGUGCGAUAACUCCUCUCCCGCCAUGUCACAGAAUGGACACGUUGAAGAUUCAGCUGGGUCUCUAGGCUACAUCAAGUGUGACGCGGAUGACCCGGCCGAGGCCGAGGCUGAGGCCCACGAGGAGAGCCUGGGGGAUGAGGCGUUCGACACAGUCAACUCCUCCAUCGUGUCUGGCGAGAGCAUCCGCUUCUUUGUCAAUGUCAACCUCCAGGUGCAGCCGUCCAAGUCGGCCGACAGCGAAGUGGCGUCUGGCGGCUGCGUGCUCCUGCACACCUCCCGCAAGUACCUGAAGUUAAAGAACUUCGAGGAGGAGAUCCGCGCACACCGCGACCUCGACGGCUUCCUGGCGCAGGCCAGCAUCGUCCUGAACGAGACGGCCACCUCGCUGGAUGACGUGCUGCGCACCAUGCUGAGCCGCUUCGCCCAGGACCCCGACAACACCGAGCCCGACUGCAACCUGGACCUGCUCAUGGCCAAGCUCUUUACCGACGCCGGGACCCCCAUGGAGAGCAAGGUCCACCUGCUGUCGGACACCAUCCAGGGCGUCACUGCCACGGUCACGGGGGUGCAAUACCAGCAGUCAUGGCUCUGCGUCAUCUGCACCAUGAAGGCCCUGCAGAAGCGGCACGUGUGCAUCAGCCGUCUGGUCCGCCCGCAGAACUGGGGCGAGAACUCCUGUGAGGUCCGCUUCGUCAUCCUGGUGCUGGCCCCACCCAAGAUGAAAAGCACCAAGACCGCGAUGGAGGUGGCACGCACGUUUGCCACCAUGUUCUCCGACAUCGCCUUCCGCCAGAAGCUCCUGCGGACCCGCACGGAGGAGGAGUUCAAGGAGGCCUUGGUGCAUCAGAGACAGCUGCUCACCGUGGUGACACCCAAGACAAAGGACCACAGCAUGGUCUCCCUGCAGCUCCACAAACACCCGAAGCCCCCCAAGUGCAAGGACUUUGUUCCCUUUGGGAAGGGCAUCUGGGAGGACAUGGAGCGCAGGUUCCCCGUGUACCCGCUGGACUUCACCGAUGGCAUCAUCGGGAAAAACAAGGCCGUGGGCAAAUACAUCACCACCACCCUGUUCCUCUACUUCGCCUGUCUCCUGCCCACCAUCGCCUUCGGGUCCCUCAACGAUGAGAACACGAACGGGGCCAUUGAUGUGCAGAAGACCAUAGCUGGGCAGAGCAUCGGGGGGCUCCUGUACGCGCUCUUCUCGGGGCAGCCGCUGGUGAUCCUGCUGACAACCGCGCCCCUGGCCAUCUACACCCAGGUGAUCCGAGUCAUCUGUGACGACUACAACCUGGACUUCAACUCCUUCUACGCGUGGACGGGCCUGUGGAACAGCUUCUUCCUGGCGCUCUACGCCUUCUUCAACCUCAGCCUGGUCAUGAGUCUCUUUAAGAGGUCCACAGAGGAGGUCAUCGCCCUGUUCAUUUCCAGCACGUUCGUGCUGGACGCCGUCAAGGGCAUGGUCAAAAUCUUCUGGAAGUACUACUACGGGCACUCCCACUACACAAAACGGACUUCGCCGCUGGGGAGCCUGCUGGGCGCUGGCACCGCACUCAACGGCAGCCUCCACGCUGCCCUCAACAGCAGCCUCCUGGCCAGCCCCACGGAGCUGGCUGCGGGGGGCAGCCCUGGCGCCCAGCACUCCGGCCAGGCCACGGCAGUGCUCAGCCUGCUCAUCAUGCUGGGCACGCUCUGGCUGGGCUACACCCUGUACCAGUUCAAGAAGAGCCCCUACCUGCACCCCUACGUGCGUGAGAUCCUGUCUGACUGUGCCCUGCCCAUCGCGGUGCUCACCUUCUCCCUCAUCAGCUCCUACGGCUUCCAGGAAAUAGAGAUGAGCAAGUUCCGCUACAACCCCAGCGACAACUUGUUUGAGAUGGCCCAGAUCCACUCCCUGUCCCUGGGGGCCAUCUGCAGUGCCAUGGGCCUUGGCUUCCUGCUCUCGCUCCUCUUCUUCAUCGAGCAGAACCUGGUGGCUGCCUUGGUGAACGCACCAGAGAACAGGCUGGUGAAAGGCACCGCCUACCACUGGGACCUCCUGCUCCUCGCCAUCAUCAACACCGGGCUGUCCCUGUUUGGGCUGCCCUGGCUCCACGCUGCCUACCCCCACUCCCCUCUGCACGUGCGGGCACUGGCCUUGGUGGAGGAGCGUGUGGAGAACGGGCACAUUUACGAGACGAUCGUGAACGUGAAGGAGACGCGGCUGACCUCGCUGGGUGCCAGCGUCCUGGUGGGCUUCUCGCUGCUGCUGCUGCCCUUCCCACUGCAGUGGAUCCCCAAGCCCGUGCUCUACGGCCUCUUCCUCUACAUCGCACUCACCUCCCUGGACGGCCACCAGCUCUUCGAACGGGUGGCCCUGCUGCUCAAGGAGCAGACCUCCUACCCGCCCACGCACUACAUCCGGAGGGUGCCCCAGAGGAAGAUCCACUACUUCACAGGCCUGCAGGUCCUGCAGCUGCUGCUGCUCUGUGCCUUCGGCAUGAGCUCCCUGCCCUACAUGAAGAUGAUCUUUCCGCUCAUCAUGAUUGCCAUGAUUCCCAUCCGCUACAUCCUGCUACCCCGAAUCAUUGAAGCCAAAUACCUGGACGCUAUGGACGCCGAGCACAGGCCCUGAUGGCAGACCCUAGCCACGGCCGGCCCCUCUGCCCGUUGCGCUCUGGCUGUGUGGGGAGGUAGGGCUGUCCCGUGGCUGCUCCGUGCUGCGCCCUCUCACAGCUGUCUCCCGGACCUAGGGCAGCUGGCAUGACGGGGGCUCCGGGUGUGUCCACCCCCCUCCCCGUUAGCCCUUAGCUCUGGGUCAGGACCUUGGCUCAGGGCAGGAGCUGCCCAGGCUGAGACGAAGCAGGAUGGAUUUUCUUUUGAUAAAAGAGUAGAUGCCUGAAAGAGAAACCAUUUCCUUGAUUGUGUAAGGAACUUGCUGUACGCACACUAGAGAAUAAAGUUCUGUUUCUAUGCUUCCACAGGCUGCCCCCCUCCACACACACACUUGGGAGGGGAGUCUCUGGGCAAGUGGAGUGAAGGGGGCCAUGUUUGUACAGUGUCACCUGUGAGCAGUCACUUCUAGCGCUGUGGUGGAUGUCGGCCCCACAGUGAAACGUGGAUAUCCAGGCCUUCGCUCUGCCGUGUUGUCAGGAACCUGCAGGGAGGGAGGGGCUGUGGCCUAGGAGGGACCAUCAGGGCAGACAGCGCUGGCAGUGGAGAGGAGACUGGAAACGGGUGCAUCAGUCAGGGUGGCAGUUCUGAGCCAGCCUGAACUUUGUGGCUCCUGGAUUUUAUACCUGGUGGCAGGGGCAGGACUGCACAGUGACAGCAUGACAACGGGCAUGGUGGGACGGGGGCUUGGCCUGACGGAGGGGAGAUGGUGCCAGGUUUCUGGCUUGGUCGCUUGGUGGUUGCCCAGGGUCCGUGUGUACCUGUCAGCGCAGCAGUGACAUGAGCCUUCCCAGUGCUGCUUGUGAGGCUGGCCGGCUGAAGUCAACAAGAGGCUGCCGUUGGGGUACACUGGGCUACGCUGCGGCUUGGGAUACCCCUAUCACGUGGGAGUCC